UAUUUUAUUUUGAAAAUAAUAAUACAGUAAAAUCUCCCCCCAACAGACUCCUCCUAAUAGCAGACAUUUUUUUGGUGACCGGGGAGUGGUAGAGACAUUUACCCUUUAUACUAUUCAAAAAUGUAUUCAUUCUGAAUAGUAAACGAAAUGUUAAUGAUCAAGAAUGUACGGUUUUCAGAGGUUAGACCAGAGUUAAAACUGCUAGAUUAACAAAAAUGACGGAUUAAUGGAAGUUUACAUAAAACACAUUUUUACUUAGGUAUUUUGAAAAACCUUAAUUUAUUUUAUUAAAAGAUACACGGAUACGUAUUAAUUUAUUGCCAUGUUAAAUUAAUUUUUUAAUGGGAAAUGUCUAAAAAAAUUAUCUUUUUUUUUGUUUAAAAUUUUAAUAAGUUUAACUUAUUCUUGUAAUCAUUUAAGCAAAAAUAAUAAAAAUAAACUUAAAAUAUAGCCAAAUUACUGGGUGUACCAAAUUAUUGCACGGCUGGAUUAACGAAUUAUGUAUUAUACAGGAUUAACACGCUUAAUUUAGAUAAUUUUUUAACUUUCUUUAAGUGCAAUAUCCUUUAUAUUGUAAUAAAUUAUAAGUUCUUUAAUUUAUGUUCACAUUUGACACCUUUGCCAUUAACCUUCAACUGACCGCUAAAAAUAUUUUAUUCAUACUUAUAUUUCUAUAUUUAAAAAAAAAUCAUUAAGUAAGGGUAGUGUUACCACUGGGUGACUCCUCCCAUCAAGUAUUCAUGUACUAUAUUUUCUAUUAUCACAUAUUCUUAUUGUUCCUAAAGGAACAGAUUGUAUAUACCGUAUAAAAAUAAAAAAUAAAUAUUUAAUUUUUUUUGUUAUAUUAUUAUUUAUUACUAAUAAUUGACUACAGUCUACGACCUAACUCACCUAAGGUAUCACAAAUCAAUAAUUCUGAAAACAUAAAUCCAAAUAAACAAAACACUGAUUUAGCUUGUUGAAAAUAGAGGUCCAGUUGUCGCACACACGCGCAGAAUCCGGUGUUGAGAGAUGCUGCUAACGUGAAUACGUGAUUGGAACGCAUGCACUGGUGAAAAAGAUGACAUAGUCAUGCCGACCAGAGUGGCUGGUGGUCGCAAGCUUCUGCGUUUUCAAGAAACCGGCUUCUCCUUGGCGGCAGAGACCCUUUUAACUUUUUCGGCCAUACCUUAUCUUUGGCGGCACAUAAGCACAUUAGAAAGUCAAACAUCUUACGCUUCAUUGUCACAAAUACGUAUCAGUUUCUACUGUUUCUAGUUUUCUACGUGACCUUACAAUGUAAAUCGUUUCUUUCAACAGUGAUAAAGAUUUAUAUUUGGACUUAAGGAGUAAUCAUUAUCUGCACACGACAACUUACCGUAAUAGGUACCGUUAUUUAUUUAUUAUUCAAGCUGUAUACAAUAAUAUGUGAGCAUAAUAUCAAUAUAUCAUUACAACAGGAAAGACUACUUACAAAGGCUAUGUACCUAUUUUUAAUGUUCUUAAUGUCGUGAUUUCAGCAUAAGAAAAAAAUAUGUUAUAAAUAUAUAAAUAUAAUAUUAAAAAUAUUUAACAUUUAAUAUUAAAAUAUUUUUAUUCGUAUACGAAAGUAUAUUAUAACCUAAUACCUACUAACCUCAUAGAGUCAUAGGUUUAAAUAAUUUCGUUGCUAAUGGAUAAUAACAACAUUACUCUAACUGACAAAAAACACAUUUUACACUUUUUCGAGUAUAAAAUACAAUAACAAUACAUAAAUACAAAAUUAUACUAGAGACGUAUUAUAAUAAAUAAAUCUAAUUAAUUUAAAUAACAUAUAUUUUACUAAUUAUAUUAUUCAAGAAGUAGCGCGUGCAAUAUAUACACAUUUAAUUUAUUAAAUAGAUACUAAUUCAAUGAAGUCCAAGUUGGGGACAAAUGUCCAACAACUGCGUAGGAUCUAUGAACCAUGUAUCGUUGGACGAAAUCCGUCGGUGAAUAAUUUGAAUCACACUACAAUAGCUGCUAUCUACCAUGCGAUGUUUACAUUAACCGUGAUUUUUAUAGCGGUAAUAUUUGCGACUAUUGUUGAACACAGGCAUAUGUUGAAUAUUUAUUGGAAAACUUUGUCAAAUAUUAAAUUCGAAAUUUUAGACAAAAUGAUAUUGAAAGAGAACACUGUACUAUCAUUCUGGAAAUAUCUAAAUAACGGAGAAAAAGCAUUUGGUAUUAUAGCUUUCGUAAAUGUUAUCAUCUAUCUAGCCUGGAAUGUGACAAAAUGGAAUUCUACAAUGUUUAAAUAUUUUAUAGUUAAUGAAGACCAAUCAAAUUCCGUUUGGUCAAAUUUACUUAGUUCGUUUAGUCACACUUCAUUAAGGAGUUUAACAGCAAAUGUUGUAUAUUUAUAUUAUUCACUGUGUAAAUUAGGAUUUGUACGAGCGUGGCCAAUCUCCAUAUUUUCACCUUAUAUGGGAAUAGAAGAAUUUUUCGUUUUUUACAUUAGUGCAUGCUUGUUUUCAUCUUUAUCUAGAAUUUACAUUGAACCAAAACUAAAUAUGUUCAGCAAAAAGAGUAGACAUGGUGCUUCUGGAGCCAUAUCUGCUGUGUUUGGUUAUAUUGCAUUAGGCUUUCCUAACCGCAAAUUAUUAACUAUACCAAUAUUUGUCGAAGAUCAACAAAGCCUUAGUGUCACAGCAUUCGAAGCUUUGCUGUGUCUGUUUCUUCUGAUUAUCUUGAUUGUUUUCGUACUGAAAUUUUCAUGGAUCAACUCGACAGGCAUAAUUUCAGGAUGUAUUUUUGGAAUUUACUUGAAAGAAAACUUAUGUUAUGAUGUUAUGAAUAACCUUGUAUUGAGUUUUUUAACCUAA